AUGGACAGAGCUGAGCGUACAUAUGAACAGUGCGAUGGCAAUGUUCCAUGCAGAGCCUGCAUUUCGAAAGGACGCGAUUGCCAGCAAAAUGGAACCGAUAUGAGAGGAAGAUGGCGGAAGACCGGUCAUAAUUUUGCAGACCAGAGAUCAGAAAGGUCAAGAUUCGGAGGACCUUGGGAUAAGUCCGAUCUCAACACUUCAAGGCCCCUAGAAUUGCACAGUAGAAGCCAUCAAGAAGAUGUCCCUGAAGAUCAAAAUGGGCACAAAGGAUUGCCAGAUGAGAGCAUAACACCGUUCUCUGGUGAGACAUCUCUAACACACAACAUAACUGUUGUCGAAGGCAGACUAGAACAGAUGGGCGUGAGAUAUACUAGACUUCGAUCUGAAUCGCCGAAUCACUCUUUUUCCUCCCGCUUAACACCAUCUCCACAAUCAUCGCCAAAGGGAAGCCACCGACAGCAAACAAAGAGCUACAUAUAUCAAGCUCUAGACUCCCAGAAGAUAGUACCAGAUCGCGUACAAUGGGACCGUGCUAUGAAGACUUUUGUUGAUGAAGUUCAUAUUCUGGUCCCCUUUUUACACUUACCUUCAGUAUGGGAAGCAUAUGAAAGACUGUGGGGAAGCUUCCUCGUCCCCAGCGCCAGCCAUUACUCUCACCAUGGCGAGUGGAGAUUUACCUUUGCGUGUGUUCUGUUGUGUCUUGCUAAUGGUACAUGCGUCGAAUCUUCACGCGUAGAUGGCCAACAAGGGCAGUAUUCUGCCGGUUGGAGCCUGUACCGAGCGGCGAGAGACAUGUUUGGAGAUCUCUUAGAUGUCUUCGGUGAGUGUGCUGAUCAGAUACUCUUGCUACAAAACAUUCUGUUGAUGGUUACCUAUCUGUUUCGACUUGAUUCGCAUGGACCAGCGGAAAAGCUCUUAGCCCUUUCAAUAUCUCAUUCGCACCACAUCGGACUGCAACGCCGUCAGGUGGUGGAAGCAAUGAACCCUUUUGAAAGUGAAAUGGCUCGUCGUCUCUGGUGGUGUAUAUAUCUCAUGGACAGAAGACUAGCGAUUGAGACCGGUCGACCAUUCCUCAUUCAGGACUUGAACGUUGACAUCGGCCUUCCUCGAAGUAUGAGUGAUGAGUGGCUUAGCAAACACCGACGGGCCUCUCAUCCGCUGCAGCUCGAGGAUCCUGGUACUGGGAAGUCUCCCACCACAGUACCGUACCUCAUUGCUAUGGCUAGCUACUCGAAGGUGAUAGGCAAAGUCUGGGAAGCUCUAUACGGUGCUUCAACGUCGGACUCAACCCCGAGUCCACUUCUCAAAGAAUAUUUGGAGCUCCUCAUAACACAAUCCCAAAGUGAUCUUCAACCGGAAUUUUCCUAUGACCCGCAACGACCGGGAAGCUACAAAGCACGAGGAUUGGCGUGGUGGCAGAUCAAGCAACAAUUGAUGAUGCGGAUUCGAUGGUCGUCACUUUACCUUCUGAUCAGAAAGCCAAUGCUCCAGCGUAAAGGAGCUUCAUCUUUACCAGCACCAGAAGCCAUAGAAAACGAAGUCAUCUGUAUGCGCCUAGCUCAGAGCAUAAUUGAAGACUUCAGCAACGUGCCAGAAGAUCAUCCAAAGUACACAUUUCCGUUUCUGCACUAUCUAACCAGUGCUACUAUCAUCGCUCUCGGCUUGAUCAUCAAACAAAGUUCUUUCAGACAUACGUACGGGGAAUUGACAUUGGAAGCUGCGCGAUCACUGAAGAAACACUGCCGCAAGACCUGGGUCUCAGGCAGAAUGGCUCGGGCUGUCUGGAAGCUGAACCAAAUGGCGGAGGCAAUAAUGAAUCCAGGGUCUCGUCUAACCGAGAGCUUGGGGAACAACGAUCAACAGUCAUCCUUUUCACGACCCAUGGUUUCAUCGGACCAUGUGUCCCAUGAAUCACCGAAGAAUUGCAAUAAUGUGCCGCCACAGAGAGUGCAAUUUACCCCACUGAGUCCGAAUUGCCUUGGAGCAGAUCCAACUCUGCCUGCUUCCCGUCGUCAAACACAAAUUCGUCGAGCCAUUGACCGAGACACGGAUCUAGACCAAAGUCAUUUUACGACAAACGAUUUUCCUUUUGAAGAGAGACCCACACCAACGCAUGCGUCCGGUUACAAUCCACCAAGAAGUCACCAUCAUGAACUGCACUCUAGUGUUGAAGUUGGUGCACAGACAGCGGAAAUGGAGCCUUGCCCUCCAGGUGAUACGGACCCUAGCACGGGGAUUCUCUCGAAUGCAUUACCUAUCUUAGGAGUGGAUAUAAUCGGCUCUGAUCAAAAUUCCUGGUUACCUGGGGAAAUGAUACAUGGUGGAAUAGAGUGGCUACAGGAACUAUUUGUGAGCGAUCUGGACUCACACAUUCCAUUGGCUUGGAAUUGGUAG